GAAUACAAGAUGAAAAUAUAUAUGUUAUCAAAGUACCAAUAAUCGCUUACCCUUGAUAUCAUCGACCGUAACAAAAGAAGGAUGAAGCAGUACAGCUGCUUGAACAAGCUCUUGCUUAGACAAUUCCACCACCACUUUUGCUGGAGAUCCAUUAAGAGAGAUAAGGAACAUGCAUUAGACACUUCCAAAUGUUAGUAGUGAAAGAUAAGAGAGUGUCACAUAUUUCGAAUACCCUUUUUCACAAAUCAAGCGAAAUGAGUAAACUUUACCAAAUCAGGAUCAUCGAUUUGGAUAGCAGUGUUGAUCUCGGAGUCAAUCACGCGGAGAAGCGAUUGCUCGGAGCUCAUCCGAUCAAUAGCCGUCGAGUAAAGGGCAAAAGGACUAAACGGAGAUGGUUUGCGAGCUAGAGACGGACGGUUAACAACGGAGGAGAUGGAUCUGACUCGAACCAUCCGAUUACCAUACACGGAAGCUAACCUAGAAGCUGACCUGCGUACGCACCAAAUGAAAGCCAUGGCACCGGAACAGUUACGCCGGCGUUCCCAUUCCUCUUGUUGGAGUGGUGAAUCGAGGAGAGAUCAACUGAGGAAGAGAUGGAAUGAGACUCAAUCGUCGAACUCAUCCUUCGGGAGAGAGAGAGAAAACCAAACUCUUCUUCUUCUAACACGUGUGCCCAAGAUCCGCUUCUUCCUCCCCUUAAUUAAGAACCAACUCUUAAGGUAUUUUCUAUUUUUCAUUUAUUUUAAUUACAAUUAAAUGCUAAAAACCUCCUUAAGAACCACGGUUAAUCCUGGUCUAAAGUUACUUGUAGAAAUUUGAUGUAAAAUGUUCUUGUAAUUAAAUUAAAAGUAUUGUAGCCGGUAAAUAAAAAAAACAAGUAAACCGAAAUCAGUAAGAAUCAAUUCCGGUUAAGAAUAAAAUGCCAGUUCUCGUUAUCGGGUAUCCCAUUAAAAUUGGGAAGGCCCUAAGCAAGCGGCCCAUUUUGGGCCCGUUUAGUUGUGAAACAAGUCGUUUUGCACAAAAAUAAAAUAAAAUAAAAAUUCCGAACAGAGUGGCAUCACCGGAGAUGGAGACAAUAUCGGCGGAAGAUGUUGGCAUCGGCGUUGAUCUAUUCCCGGCGCUCUCUCCUCUCACCUUCUCUCUCUACGACUCCUUCCUCUCCUCUCACUGCUCAUCCUGCUUCUCCCUCCUCCCCCCUACCCCGCCGCACCAUCUCUACUGCUCCCUCGUCGACGAUUCUCCCACCGUCUCUCCUCCGGACCUAUCCCCGAUUCUCUCAACCUCCGAUAUCAGAGCAGCUCUCCGUCUCCUCAAUUCAAUCUCCUCCUCCUCCGCCGCCGCCUCUUUGCCUCACCGGUUCGGCGGCCUUCUCACCAACCACCACCGCCUCAUGGCCGAUUCUUCCUUCUCCGUCGCUAUCCGACGCGCCGCCAGUUUCAUCUCCGCCGUUCUGAGGUCUGACCGGAAAGACACCGUUUUGGAGGAAGCGGCUAUAUGCUCUGUGCUAACGAACGCCGUGGAGGUGCAAGAUAGAGCCGGAGUUGCUUUAGGGAUCGCAGUUUAUGGCUCGCGAUUCUCUUGGAUCAACCACAGCUGCUCUCCGAACGCUUGUUACCGUUUCGUGAUCUCUCCUCCUCACAGCACCACAACGCCGUCGUUUCGGGAAACUCUUCCUCGCAUCACCAACACAGACAAGGAACAUUUUAGCAGCAAUUACGAAGGUACAGUGAGAUAUGGACCAAAGGUAAUUGUUAGAAGCAUCAAGGGGAUCAAGAGUGGUGAAGAGAUUACUGUAUCAUACAUCGACUUAUUGCAACCAACGGGAUUGAGACAGUCAGAUUUGUGGUCCAAAUAUCGAUUUAUUUGUAACUGUGGAAGAUGUGAUGCAUCACCUCCAGCUUAUGUGGACUAUAUUCUAGAGGGAGUUGUUGCCUUGGAGCAUGAACCAACAACCGUUGGUCAUCAUGACGGAGCCGCCCCAGUGGGAAAGAUGACCAAUCACAUCAAAGAAGCCAUAGAUGAUUUUCUAUCAGACGACAUUGAUCCUGCAACAUGUUGUGAGAAGAUUGAGGGUGUUCUCCAUCACGGCAUUCUGGAUUCUUCUUCACUGCGGUUACAUCCAAGUCACCAUGUCGCUCUGCAUGCCUACAUUACUCUGGCUUCUGCUUACAGAAUCCGUUCGAUUGAUUCUGAAACUGAUGACGUUGGGAGGGCUUUUGAGAUGAGCAGGAUAGGUGCAGCUUACUCUCUCUUCCUCGCAGGUGUCUCUCACCAUCUCGUCUCCGCGGAACUUUCUUUUGCUAUCUCUGCUGCAAAUUUUUGGACCAGAGCUGGAGAGUGCUUGUUGGAGCUUGCCUCCAAGUUUUUCAUGAAGUCUUCUUCCGGAGAAUAUGAUGAUGAUGUCAAGUGCAGAAAAUGUCUUAUGCUUGUUGAGAACCAUGGAGAAAUCAAAGAAAAUUUUAACCAGAUUCUCAAGUGUGCAGUCACCGACAGCUCACAAGCCACAUGGAGUUUCCUCACUCGCGGUUGCCCUUACCUGCAAAACUUUAAGAGUUCAAUUGAUUUCAGCUUGAAGGGGACCAAUUGCAAGAGAGAAGAAUCGAAGAGUGUAGACCAAAGGGUAAGCAUUCUCCUACUCUCUUUUCAUUGCUUACUCUAUGCAGACCUUCUGACUGAUUUAUGUUACGGUCGGAAGUCACAUUCGGUGUCUUAAUCUGUAGCUUUGAUUUUGAGGAUUAUGUAUUUUUUGUAUUGUGUCAUGUCAUCUGUUAAUUAAUUUGAUUCAAGGAAAUGUGUACUCACAGGAAAACUGUUAAAAGACCAGGGAAAUUUACACUUGACAAGAAAAGUCAUUUUUGACUACUAUGA